AUGUCACUCACUCGGAACGCGUUAAGGAGAAACAGACAACCAAAUAAUAAUCCCGUUGAACAAGAAGACGACGAAAUUGCACCAUUUAUCCCAGCAACUUUUAUCAGUGCACCCACACAGAGACUUUGUGCUCUAUCUUUUUACAUUUUAGUUUGGAGUAUAAAGUUAUAUCAUAUCUUUAUCGACAACGAGUCUUUUACCUGGGCUUUAAUAGUCUGUUGUUUUGUGAAUUUCGUGUACUUUGCGGUACUAUGGAGUUUGCAAAUACCUUGGCUUCAGUUUCGAUUCCGGUUUCUGCCAAUAGAUGUUGGUCUAACCGCACCAAUGACAAACUUGUCCAGUUGGACAUCAACCUUUAUCCGACAACAAUACGCUAGAUUUUGGGGAAACAAAGUUCGCGCUGUCAGUUCGGAAGAUACGGUCAAAAUUAACGAAAUCAGAUAUAAUACCUCGCACAUAAAAGGAAAACAUACAGUUAGAUAUUUGCCUUAUGCCACAGCGAAAUUGAAUCCUGAUGAUCUAAAACUAUGUUUACACCGAAAAAAGCAGCAACCCUCUAAAAAAACAGUUGGCUCAAGUGUUAACUUGCCAAUACUCUUUAACAACACUAUACCAAAGACCAUAGAGUAUUCGCGUAUUGACACUGAAACGGGAGAAAAAAUUUUGUAUAAUUUCACAAAGCGAGACAUUGAAAAGCAUAGGGUGAUUGAUAAAGCCAUGAAUAUUGCUUAUGUGUAUAUUCCGGUGCAACUUCCAGGCGUGUAUCGUCUAGAACAGGUUUGGGAUUGGCACUGGAUGAAUAUAAAAAUUUAUCGAAAAGAAGAGAUUAUAGCGUAUUGUCCGGUUGCAAAAUUUUCAUCUAAAGUUGAUCAGCAUCGAUGUGUCAAUGAUGAGAUUCCUGUGGAUUUGAUAUUGGAGGGUAUUCCGCCUUUUAGUGUGUAUUAUGAACGUAUCGUAGAUGACAUUGCAGUAAAUAUGACUAUUGAUGGUGUGACGUCCGAGAACACCAUCCUGGGCUCUCAUCCAGAUCAAAUUACUGGUUAUCAGUGGGCACGUGAUCGUCUUGUCCAUGUUCCCUUAACGUUAACAACAGAUAUUCCCGCUCAAUAUUCUUUAAAAAUAUUGCGAAUUCGGGAUUCUCUUAAUAACACGCAAACUUAUGAAAAAGAGGAAAGUAUUCAACCUUCUAUCGAAUUUACAGUUCAUUCACGUCCUUCUGUAAGUUUUCUAUCUGAUAUAACAAUUAAGAUUAAGCCUGGUGAUUCUCCCAACAUUGCUAUGGAAUUAAAAGGCCAAGAACCUUGGCGAAUUCUUGUUGGGUACUGGGCAGAAGAAACUGCACAAGAUAAUAAUUUGGCGAUGAAUACUAGCGAUACUAUUGAAUAUAUCUUGGAGAAAUCAACUGAUGAUAUGAUCAAUGUAAAGAAAGCAGGACUAUACAAGUUGCUUUCCGUCUCAGAUGCUUUUUGCUCUGGACAGGUUUUAGCACCUUCAAAUAUUAUCGUAUUGGAAGUACUUCCACCUUCUGUGAUACUCGAUACUAUCCCAAUAUCAACAGGCGAUUGUCCAGGCGAGAUUGGCCUUGAAGUAAUCAUGACCCUCACAGGAUCGCCGCCAUGGUUGCUUGAAUACUCAAUUGUGCAUCAAGGUCAAGAAAGAAAUGUACCAGUACAGAUAUUCAAAGCGCGUCACUCGUUUACCAUAAUGCCAGAAACAUCUGGUCAGCAUGAUUAUCAGUUCAAACGCUUGAGUGACUAUUAUUAUCGAGAUGGCGUGGAGAUUGGACGUAUUAUAUCUCAGGUUGUUCAUCCUAAACCUGAUGCUAUUCUACGGAAUUUACCUGGCGGUGGAAAUCAGAUAAAUACUUGCGUUGGUAGUCGUGUGGAUUUAGAUGUAAGACUUGUCGGAAUAGAACCAUUUACAUUAACAUAUGAUGUAUUAUAUAACCAAAGGAAAAAUGCCUUCACAAUCGGUGAUAUUCAAGGUCCAUACCACACUAUUAUGUCGCCACCAUUUGAAAAUCCGGGCACUUAUACAGUGACACUAGAAAAAAUUGUUGACGCUAAAGGAUGCGGCAGAAUUUUAGACACAUCGAAUGAUAUCAUUGUUAACGUUAUGAAAGAAAGGCCCACGGUUGGAUUUAGAGCGACUAAUGAAGCUCUAACUUUUCUUGAAGGUGAUAGCAUCGAUCUACCAUUACAACUCACUGGGAAUCAACCAUGGGAAAUAACCUAUCGUUAUCUCGAUGAAAUCGAUAAAAACGUGUCAGCUGUCCAAUUACGAGAUCCUAAUUCCCAUCUGGCUGUAAAUCUACCGGGACGCUAUGAAUUAUUAGAGGUUAAAGAUCUUUAUUGCUAUGGCAAGGUGAUUCCGGAGUUGAAAUAUAUUGAUGUUGCAUGGAUUCCACGACCAAAUAUGCAUAUAGUCGAAGGAGAAGCGAUACAAAUAUCACAAGAUUAUUAUCAACGAAAACAUGUAUGUGAAAAAACUGAAGAUAGUAUUGCUGUGAGGUUGCAAGGUCGGGCGCCUUGGGUGGUGAAUUACAAUAUUCAAACAGAUGGAGAUUAUCUACAUAAACAAGAAAUUAUUGGAGGUUCUUUGACUCGUAUUCCGCUUCUCACAGAGACACCCGGAAAACAUCGAUACGAGUUCUAUGAAAUUGCUGAUGAUGUCUAUGUAAAGCCUCAUCCAAUGUCUUUAAUGCUCGAACAGACAGUUAUCAAAAAUCCCAAUGCUCGAUUUUCUCAUCCAACCGGUAUAAUCAACCACUGUGUUGGGCAUGCGCUAAGUGAAGAAGAUACGUCUUUAAUAAUAGAACUGGAAGGCGUGGCACCAUUUACCAUUUUAUUUGAAAUUAAACAUCAAAGUAGUAACAUAGCAGAAACUUUAACGAUCGAUGAUAUUUACGAAAAAAAAUAUAAAUUCCAACCAAGGACGAAAUUCUCAAUGAUCGGGAAGUAUACAAUUACCAUACUUCACAUUAUAGACUCUCAAAAUUGUAGUAGAAUGCCAGAAGGUCCAGAUAAACAAGUAUUGGUAGAGGUUUCGGAUGUUGCCUCAAUCGAAAGACUCUUUCCUCAAGAAAUUCAUUGUGUCGGAGAUUUGUUGGUUUAUUCGUUGCAAGGCUCGUAUUUUCAAAUUUACUGUUCAUCGCGAAUUCCUCCAUACUAUAUAACUUACACAUAUAAUGGGGAAACGAAACAUGCAAUCUCGAAAUCAUCCGAAUUCACAUUUGGCGCUGACAAACCAGGCAAUAUGACAAUCACCAAAGUAUGCCACCAAAACGAUAUGUGUUGCGGUUACCCAACAGAUCUUUCCGAGAUAAUAUAUGACCUUCCGACAGCAAUUCUGUCUGAAGGAAAAGACAUUAUUUCGGAUAUACGUGAAGGAGAUAAAACGGAAAUCAUUAUUGAAUUCAUUGGUAUACCGCCUUUUCGUUUUACAUAUACACGCAGUGCGAUAUUACCAGAUGGGAAACGUGGAAAAGCUGGACCUGUCUUAGAAACUCAAACUGUAUUAAACGUUCGAGAGAAUAUAUACUCUAUUUUCACGGCACAAGAAGGGAUAUUUCAAGUGACUUAUAUUGCCGAUAAGUACUGUGAAUAUCCACGAGUUGCGAGUAAACAUG